AAACUGGGUACGUCCGUUCUUCUGUCAUCUUGUUUUCUGCACAGGUUAUUUAGUAAUAUUUGUCAUCAAAGCAUUUGUAUAGUGGUUGAGUGUCUUCUGCAGCAUUUUAUUCACUUCCAAUGCCAUUCCAUAUAAGCCUGCUUACUAUUAAGUGUCAACUCUUAGAUUGUGACAUCGUUGUACUCAUUCCAUUGUGACACACCCUGAUCAGGUUUUCUAGCCUUCAAGUCCAAACUACUUAGACUUCUAAAGCUUCUGCUUAUCAUGUGGUUUUUGACUAGCUGAGGUGCGAAUUGAGUUUUCUGAAAUUCAAUAAGUAAUACUGGAUUCAAAGUUGCCCUGUUCAAACUUCCCAUGUAAGCGGUUGACACAUCCAAAUAAUAGCGUUAGCAAUUUCCGCAACGUUUUUGUGAUAUACAUUGUAGUUAAGUCUUGCUGUACUUAAAUUAGCCGGGAAGUUUGUAAAGCCACGUUUUGCUAGUAAUCCUUAAAAUGAGUAGUUUUGCCUUAAUUUCUAAGCUUAACUAAAACCAAAAAAGAAGCAUCUUGUUGUUUUUCACAUAUAACCUUUGGUCUAAAUAACCCUGAGAACGUGUCUAUAUAGCCACAGUCACUGGGUACGAUAAUUAUUUUCGAGAUUUGACUUUUGAUUCUCUACUUUCGUUCCUGUUCGGUAAAAAUGCCCCCUUUCACUACGACUCCGUUAAUCCUAGGGUUGUUAUGCUUACGCUAUUUAUCUAAAAGCUUUGUUCAACACAUGACACUAUUUUGGUUCAUCUAGCUACAUGGGGUUGCAUUUGUCCCGCCAAAAUGAGCUUGUUUUCUCCAUACUGUCUGAAUCUACAUUAAAGCAUACACACCAUAAGUUACCUGAGGUCGAGCAAAGUUCAUGAUCUAGUCACUUUAUUUAGUUUACUAAAUGUAAAUGAACAGAAACGGUCUCAAGAUGCUUAAAAUAAUUCGGUUCUGUAACUUGCAAUAGGAUGUAGAGUUGGUUAAAUUUCGGGAGCAAUCGGUGAUCCAAAAAACUAGUAACUUAAACUAAAUCAAAGGGAAAAAUGAACAACUAGGAAUAUUGGUUCUAUAAGAAAUGAGAAUUUUCAGCUCUAACCAGACACAUAAUUGUAUAAAUUGGAUAUAUAUUCACUCCUAUAUUGUGAAAAUGCCCAACUCUUUUCCAAAUAUAGUGCGGCUUUUUAAUGAUCAUGAUACAAUUUCCAGUCAGUAGGUCACAAGCUUGAAUCCCACUUCAUUUUGAGUAUUUGAUAGUAUACUACACCUCACAGAAUAUGGCUAAAUUGAGUAAGUAAAUCUGCAUCGAACAUCGUACAGGUAAUACGUCACCAUUGAUGGCUUUACAGAAAUCAUCUGGAUUCAGUAACUGCUUAACUGAAAUAUUUUGUUUCCCAGUAUGAAUAUAUGGUUAAUCUUGGCCAUCAUUUUUCAUAGUGAUGACUGGUGUUCUGAAUAAUGUGUCUCACGUUGGCAACGGGACUUCUAAUGCUUCUAUCAAAGCAGAAGAAGACGACAUCCCUUUAUCUGAAAAGUUAAAGCGAAGUAGAAUGCAUUCGUCCUCUAGCGAUGACGAUGAUAUUCCUCUGUCUGCCAAAUUAGCCCAGAUGUCCAAAAAGCCAAAAUUGGAACCUCCAGUUUCUCCACAGCCUCGUAAUAAAAGCCAAGGUGAUCAAAGAAAAGAACAUUCAAAGUCUUCAAAUGAAAAGAUUAAAAAAGAAAAUACACUUAGUUCUCCUAGCAAAGUUAGAAAGCAUGAAAAACCUGAAGAGGAAGUUUGGAGGUGGUGGGAAGAGCAAAAGAAAGAUGACGGUGUCAAGUGGAAAUUUUUAGAACAUAAAGGUCCACUUUUCGCCCCUCCUUAUGAACGCUUGCCUAGCUCUGUUCAUUUUCACUAUGAUUCCAAACCUAUCAAGUUAUCGGAUCAUGCAGAAGAAGUUGCAGGGUUUUACGCACGUAUGUUAGAUCAUGAUUAUACCACAAAGGAAGUGUUCAACCACAACUUCUUCCGUGACUGGGUGAAAACAAUGAAUGAAGAAGAACGUCGAACCAUUAAAUCCCUUAGCAAAUGCGAUUUCCGCGAAAUGCACCAGUAUUUUCUUAAGUUAAGUGAAGAAAGAAAAAACCGAACUAAGGAGGAAAAACAGAAAAUAAAGGAAGAAAACUUACAAAUUCAAAAUGAAUAUGGCUACUGCAUAUUGGACGGACACAAGCAAAGAAUCGGGAAUUUCCGUAUUGAACCUCCAGGCCUAUUUCGAGGCCGUGGCAACCAUCCUAAAAUGGGCAUGUUAAAAAAGCGUAUUAUGCCUGAAGAUGUCAUCAUUAACUGCUCAAAAGACUCAAAAGUUCCUGCUCCUCCAAAAGGUCACAAGUGGAAAGAAGUAAGACAUGACAACAGUGUUACUUGGCUGGCAUGCUGGACUGAAAAUAUCCAAAAUAGCUUCAAAUACAUAAUGCUGAAUCCAUCCUCUCGUCUUAAGGGUGAAAAAGAUUGGAAAAAGUACGAAACUGCUCGUUGCCUACACAAGGUAAUCGACAAAAUUAGAGCAGACUACCGAGCUGAUUUCAAACACAAAGAAAUGCGGAUACGCCAGCGGGCUGUUGCACUAUAUUUUAUCGAUAAGUUGGCUCUUCGUGCUGGGAAUGAAAAGGACGAGGAUGAAGCUGAUACUGUUGGUUGCUGUUCACUUCGCUAUGAACACAUAAAACUCCAUGAAGAGUUGAACGGACAACCUUAUGUUGUUGAAUUCGAUUUUUUAGGUAAAGAUUCUAUUCGCUAUCAAAAUGCCGUAUCCGUUCCCAAACGCGUCUUCAAGAAUGUCAAACUAUUUCUGAAGAACAAAAAAGAAAAUGACGAUUUAUUUGAUCGACUUAAUACGAGUGUCCUGAAUCAGUAUUUACGAGAACUUAUGGAUGGUUUAACUGCCAAAGUAUUUCGUACGUACAAUGCAAGUCGAACUCUGGAAGAGCAGUUGGAACGGCUUACCAAUCCUGAUGAUCCUCCUCAUGCUAAACUUCUGGCAUAUAAUCGAGCAAAUCGAGCAGUUGCUGUUCUCUGUAACCAUCAGCGUUCAGUUCCGAAAUCUUUUGCAAAAUCAAUGGAGAAUUUGCAGAAAAAAAUCGAUGCAAAACGUGAGCAAAUUUCGGAAAUAACUUCUGAAGCUAAACAAAUAAAAGCAGAUUACAAAAAUCACAAACAAGCAUCCAAGAAGGUCGCUUAUGAAAAGCUGAAGAAACGCUUAGCAUCUGCUAAAGAGGCUUUAUCAAAAUUGCAGCUUCAAGCAACUGAUCGAGAUGAAAAUAAAGAGAUCGCUCUCAGUACAAGUAAACUGAACUACCUCGAUCCUCGGAUUUCAGUUGCUUGGUGUAAAAAGUAUAACGUUCCUAUUGAGAAAAUUUUUAACAGAACUCAAAGAGAAAAAUUCCAAUGGGCAAUAGAUAUGGCUACAUGUGACUACAAGUUUUUAGACGUUGAUUCAGAUAGAAGUACAAACAAACUCAAAGCUGAGGAAAGUGAUGAUGAAGAUAUGAUUGACGACGAAGACUGAGCAAGAAAAGAAAAUACUUCCAUACAAUGUUUCCAACAUUAGUCUAUUUCAUAAUCUUAAUUGUAUGAUUAUGUUAAAGUUGUUAACUGGUUCUACUCUAAUAUGAGUAAUCUCCACGUGUAUUUUUGUCAGGUCACAAAACUCCAAUGUAAUUUUAUCCUGAAGCGUUUACGGCACAUUUGUGUCCUCUUAUGUUUUUUGUACUAAAUUGUCUCUUCUAAACUCUCAUCAAAUAUACUGGAAACCUUUUCAAACAAAUCCAGACGAUUUCGCUUUCUUGAUAACCAUGUAGGAAUUUUGCAAUGUUAUACUUAGUAUAUUAUGAUGUUAUAAUGGCAACAUAUACCACUAAUUAAUAAUAAAUAUUCGCAGCAAUAGCUAUCUUUCACCAUUCUUUGUGAAUGAAUAUAAUGUAUUUUCACGAAAAAUGAGUUUAUCAUGCCUUCAAAUCUUUGAAUGAAAUACCUUUUACGACUCUGAAGGUAGUUGUUUCACUUCAGGAUUUCUAUUACUUUCCCGUUUUUCUUGUAUUAGCUUUAUCAUGCAUUCACUUAUUGUAUGGGAUCUAUGUACGUAUAAUUUAGUGUGAAGCCACAUUAUCUUUACUCGAUCAUUUGUGUUUUUAUGUAUUUACUUAUUACUGAUUUUUCAUGAUAGUUCAUUUACGGAAACCUUGGUGUUAUUACAGUAAUGAAUUUUGUUGUAUUCAUUUUGAAUAUACUGUUCAUGUGAUAACCUGUU